UUGCCGAAGGGCCGACCUGGCGGUGAAAUCUCAGAGGCGGACCGGAGAAUGAGCCUCCGCUUCUUCCAGCAUGGCAGGAAAAAAGGCUGACAUGAAGAAAGGGAAAGAUGCCGCCAAAGGGAAAAAGGGCAAAAAGGAAGCCACUGACUCCGAGGAGGUGUCGGAAGCCGACGCGGGCAAGACGGAGCAGAGCGAAAUGGACAGUGAGAUCGUGGAGGAAGCAGGAGAGAGCAAAGAUGACCCCAAGAAGAAAGGGAAAGACAAGAAGGAUGGGAAGAAGCAGCUGAAAGGCGCCUCGAAGCUGGUCCUGGGCCUGACCACCGACGAUGCCAAGAAAAAGAAAGGGGCCAAGAAGGAACAUGCCAAAGCCCAGCUGAAAGGAGCCGCCAAGGUGGUGACCAUCGCCAAGAAGGAGCCGCCACCCAAGAAGAAACGCAGCUUGAAGAGCACCUCCAGGAUCUUCAUGGGAUUCAAAGGCCUGCGGCUCAAGAAGCCGAAGAAGAGCCAGUUCAAAAACACGUCGCGCUUCUUCUGGGGGCUGAAGAAGCUCAGCACCAAGAAGCAGAAGCAGCAGCAGAAGAACAAGGCCGUCCUGAAGUCCACCUCCAAGCUCAUGAUGCGCUUCAAAGGGAUGGGGAAGGGCAAGAAGAAAGAGGAGCCCAAGGCGGAAGGGACCAAGAAGCCGGCCUUCAUGCUGAUACGGCUGGGUGGGAAACCCAAAGAUAAGGGGAAAGGGGGCGGGUUUUUCGGCAAUCUGUUGCAACGGGCGAAGCCGAACGAGAAGUUCAAGACCCGGGCACAGGUUGUCAGCAAAGUGGCUUCCACCACCAGCUGGCUGACCAGGAAAUUCCUAGCCAAGCGGGGCAGGUACAUGUAUGACGAGCGGGUCGCGAACGAAGCCUGGCUGACGAGGAUCGGGGCCAAAAAGCUCCCUUUUCCUUCCGAGGCGGAGGUCUUGAGGCACCGGGCUAAUAUGAGGAGGCUGCCCGAAGCCAGGGCGCUCUAUGGUGAAACACAAGAAGAGUUUGGCCAGUGGGACCACCUCGAUGCCCCCUUGGACAGCCCUGUGGCACAACUGUACUAUGCCCGCUAUCAAGAGGGCGAAUACACUGAGCCCCAGUCUUCCUCUCACUAUGACUAUUCUAACUAUGAUAGUCAGUCUUAUGAUAGGUACCCAGAUGAGGAAUAUGAACCGUACGAAGAACCGGUAGAGUACUAUAACCAUCUGUCGGAAGACCAGCAUGGUUACCUCACCGAGGCUGACCAAGAAUAUGAGCCUACCACCAGUUAUUCACCCUACGAACCUUACGAUAACUAUGCCGAUUAUCAAGAGCCAAGAGGGUUGAAUGACCAGUAUGCCUCUGCUGGAGACCCCUAUUAUUCAGGGGUGGAAGAAGGAGACUAUCCCAAUGACUGUCGUCUUCACGAAGCUGGCAACGAGGAGAACGAAUGGCCACCUGAGACUCCAUCUUCGUAUAACCCUUAUGCCUACCCAUUGGACGAUAUCAUGGAGAUGGAGGAGGCUGAGGUUGACCGUAGAGGUUACUCUUCAGAUUUUUCUAAGUUUUCCUAUUUCAAGCAAGAAGGGAUGGGGGAGAAUUUAUCUCCGAAGCUUUCUUUGAACCGGAAGUUCCGGCUCUUCCCGAGGCCCCAAGUGAAGCUCUUCGGUAUUGACAAAUUGGAUGUCCCCCUUCCUCCCUCGUCGCCGUUUUCCAUUGGCAGUUUGGAUCAAGAUGAGGAGAACUAUGAAGAAUCUGAACCCCUGACCUCUCCUUUUGCCCAGUUUGAUGAUCAGAAUGUGGGAUCCUCCCAGCCGCCCAAGAUCUCAAAACUGUUGCAGGGCUUUCUCGGUGGUGGUCUUGCACAGCCUGUCUCCCCCAAACCACCAAGUGUGAGGAAUUCGGGCCUAAAUGAACCAAAAUGCACCUGCAAGGCCAGCUCACAUCUGAACUUCUCCGCCAAUUCACGUCUGAACUUCACCGCAAGAGACUGUGGAAGUCCUUUGGGGCAGUUCCUACAGAAAUCCCUCACGCAACCAAAACCCAUACUGAAACACCGGGACGCCAGGGAGCAGAGCCAAUCUUUGACAUCAUCUCCAGUGAAGAAAGUCCUUUCAAUGUUCGGCGGCAGCAAAUCUGUGGCACAGACCCUACAGGUCGGAACGAGGCAAUUUGAAAUACCUAAUUCAACUUCAUCCCCCAAACCUGUGAGUCGUUUUCAGGGUCCACAGAGGCACAGCAGCCCUCACGCUUCACGUCCCCCCACAACAAGACUGCGCAAUGAGCUUCAGGAAGAGCUGCACAACACGCUUCCGUUGGCAGGGUCGCCUUCCUACAAAAAGCUGUCUGCAGGAGUCGGUUUGCCACCGAGGUCGUUCAGUCAGGAAGCCAUUAACAACAACAACUCUCAAAGGCCUGCUUCCCCUCAGGUCUCACAAAGGAAUAUCUCGUCCUUUUCCUCAAAACAAAGCACAAGGUCCUUUGGUUCGAAUCGGACGCGAGUGGAUUUCCACACACCUGAGGUGAGUAAUUCCUUCAAGCAAUGGUCUGGAGAUCGUAUGUCCUCACAGGGGCCGACUUCAUGGUCCACGGUGAGGCCCGAAAGCCCUUCCAUGAGAAGACUGGGCUCAACACCAGCCAUGGACAAGGCCUCUGUCCCUGCCCCUGCACGGGGACAAAGACCAUCCGCUUUAUUAGAAGAGCCCACAUCUUCCCCUCGUCUUCCAGCACGUAAUCCUUUUACACGCCGACGCAACACUUCAUCCACUACUUUAGGACCUGCUGGUAGCUCAAGGAAUGAGCCCCCUUUGAGGCAAUCGUCUUCUCAAAUCUCCCUCAAAUCCAACAUUUCUAAAUUUCAGGAUUCUCUUCGCAGUGCCAGCUCUGGUAGAUAUGCUCCAGCGGGGAUCCAUGGGCCAGCCACCAGGGGUAUUCAAGGUCCUCCAUCACCACAGCCACCCCUCAGAUAUUAUGAAUCUCCUCCUACCUCAAAUUUCCCACAGCCGUCGGGAAGAGUGAGUCCUUCAGCAGCUGAUAUUCAAGAAAGGCUUCCCCAAGCUUGGAACAGACAGCCUGAACCACCAAACAAAGCCGUGAAACCUUUAAUGAAAAAUCAGUUCCUGGGGCAAUAUGGCCACCCGUCUCCCAUUCUGUCCACCAGGAGCUCGAGGAUUUCAUCCCCACAUAUGCAGACUCGGCCAGCAAGCCGUAGGGUCACCAUCGUAGAAACUCCAGUUGACUCACCUGCUCAUGCCCAGUCUCUCGAUGAUGUCCAUGGGCAGGUGGACGAGCAGUGGUUGCCACAGCACAGGUGGGAUCAUUCUUCUGGAAAUGGAAUGGCUACCCCCCAGAAUCGCUCCCCUACUAUGGGAAGUAGCGGGAAUCUGAGAAGCUUAUCAAAUCCAUCUCUGCCGUCAAGUCCUGUUUCCAGCUCAACAAAGGACUUCAUCAAGCGCAUUGGUCAACCUCUAGUUGGGAUGGCGGAGAUUGCCUCUUCCAUCCAACAUUCUACUGCAGAAAAUACGGACAACACAGGGAAAGGGAGUAUAUAUUCAGCUAAGUCUGGUCAGGACCCACCACCUUGCUCCAUACACCCUCAUGCUCACGACACACGGUCUCCUCGUCCAUCGUUGAAGCAAGUGGCGGAGGCCAAUCGUUCUCGGUCACCCAGUCUAAAGCAGGAAAUCUUGGGUGGCAAUUUGAGCCACCCCAUUGUCGGCAGCGACCCCGGUACGCUGAGGGGGAGGCCCGGCCUCAGUCCUGUGAUCCAAAGAUCAGCUCCAUUUCAAUCCACAGGAAGAGGAAGUCUGGCAUUUCAAGACCAGUAUAACAUGCCAAGAAGGCCAGGGCCUGCUUAUCCACUCACCAAGUUGCUUGGAAACGAAGCAGACGAUGGUACGAGCAGAUACGCGGUCGUAAUGCCACAGAUGCAGCGGAUCGGUUCCUCCUUCAGGAGAAAAGCUCAUAUGCCAGAACAGGCUUGGUCUGACUACCACACCAUGCACGUCCGCGAGAUGCCAAAUAAGCGGGCCUCAGAGAAAAUGUAUCACCAGACUCCUGUGGAGGAGUUUAGCCGACAGGCCCCUAAACUGGGAACUGGUGUGGCGUGGUACCUGACCCGCGGGACAAAGGUGGCUGACAACGUUCCAAAUGCAGGUUGGCAGUGUAAGAUGCAGACCGUCCACAACUUGCAAGCUGGGAGCUUUGCAGUGCCUCAAGGGGACAAAGGGGUCGAAGACAUGACCCAGCUGGAGGAGCUCCAUCAGGGUGUGGUCCUUCAAAAUAUCAGAAAGAGGUUCGAUCGGGGACUGAUUUACACCUACAUAGGCAGCAUCUUGGUGUCAGUCAACCCAUACAAAAUGUACAACAUCUACGGGACAGAUAACGUGCUGCUGUACGAAGGGAAGGCCCUGGGAGAGAAUCCACCACACCUUUUUGCAAUUGUAAACAUUGCCGUCAGCAAACUGAAAGAAGCCAAACUCAACCAAUGCAUUAUUAUCAGUGGCGAAAGCGGAUCGGGCAAAACGGAAGCCACCAAGCUGAUCCUCCGAUACUUGGCCGCGAUUAAUCGAAAGCACACUGCAACCCAGCAGAUAGAGAUUCUGGAAGCUAAAUCUCCUCUGGGUUAGAAUCCUUCUGAAAUGCUACUUGAGACUAAAGUUGAAUGGACCGUGAAUUCCGUUAGGUUUGGGAAAUUUGUGGAAAUCUUUCUGGAAGACAGGCUCAUCUGUGGUGCCAUAACUUCGCAGUACCUCCUGGAGAAGUCCAGAGUCGUCUUUCAGGCCAACAACGAAAGGAAUUACCACAUCUUUUACGAGCUGCUAGCUGGCCUUCCGAGUCACCAAAAGCGCAAAUUCUUCCUCCAAGAGGCUGAAACGUAUUUUUACCUGAACCAGGGAGGGAACUGUGAGAUUCCCGGCAAGGCGGACGCAGAGGAUUUCCACAGGCUGUUGACGGCCAUGGAAGUCCUUCAUUUCACCCUCGACGACCAGAACAGUAUCUUCCGAAUACUAGCUUCCAUCCUCCAUCUGGGAAACGUCUAUUUCGAAAAAUAUGAGAUCGAUUACCAGGAGGUGGCUUCCGUCGUGAGCGCCAGGGAAAUCCGAGUCGUGGCUGAGCUGCUGCAGAUCUCCCCAGAAUGCCUGCAGAAGGCGGUUACCUUCAAAGUGACGGAAACCCUGAGGGAAAAGAUCCUUACGCCACUCACAGUUGACAGCGCUAUGGAUGCGAGAGACGCCAUUGCCAAGAUCCUUUACUCCCUGCUCUUCAACUGGAUCACGGAGAGGAUCAACCGGCGGAUCUAUCCCAAACAAAAAGCCCUGUCGAUCGCCAUCUUGGACAUCUAUGGCUUUGAGGAUCUGGGUUUCAACAGUUUCGAGCAACUUUGCAUCAAUUAUGCCAACGAAUACAUCCAGUUCUUCUUCAACAAGAUCAUUUUCAAAGAAGAACAGGAGGAAUAUAUCCGGGAGCAGAUUGAAUGGAGAGAAAUCCCAUUUAACGACAACCAGCCGUGCAUCGAUCUCAUCGCCCAGAGGCCUUAUGGCAUUUUGAGGAUUCUGGAUGACCAAAGCAGUUUCCCGCAGGCGACGGACCACACAUUUCUCCAGAAGUGUCAUUACCACCACGGGGCCAAUGAACUGUACUCCAAGCCGAAGAUGCCGCUGCCGGAAUUCACCAUCAAGCAUUAUGCAGGCAAAGUCACCUACCAGGUGCAUAAAUUCUUGGAUAAAAAUCAUGACCAAGUGCGUCAAGACGUCCUGGAGCUUUUUGUCAACAGUAAGAUCAAACUGGUAGCUAACUUGUUCUUCAGCCAUGCGCAGUUAGUAGCCCAGCAAAAGACCAUGAUGGGAAUGAGCAACUCCAGCAAACGGAAGUACAAACCCCCAACCAUUGCCUCGAAAUUCCAGCAGUCGCUCCUAGAACUGGUGGAGAAAAUGGAAAGAUGCAACCCUUUCUUCAUCCGAUGCAUCAAACCCAACAACAAAAAGAAGCCGGGCCUCUUUGAGGAAGACAUCGUCGGCGCCCAGCUGAAGUACUCGGGGAUUCUGGAGACGAUCCGUAUCCGCAAAGAAGGCUUCCCUGUCCGCAUCCCCUUCAGGAUCUUCAUAGACAGGUACCGCUGCCUCGUCGAUCUCCGUCCUGACUCCAUGCCCGACGGGAUGUACUGUGUCAAAGUACUGACCAAACUCUGCCCGGUCACCUGUGAUAUGUACUGCAUUGGAGCAACUAAGCUCUUCAUGAAGGAGUGCGUCUACCAGCAGUUGGACAGCCGGUACGAACGGAUGAUGCACAUGGCGGUGUUGACUCUCCAGCGGUACACUCGGGGUUUCCUGAUCAAGAAGCGCUUCUAUGCCCUCCGGCACAAAAUCAUUCUCCUCCAGGCCCGGUCCCGUGGGUUCCUAGCCAGGCAAAAAUACUCGCGGCUGAGAGGGACCAUCAUCAAGUUCAGGUGCCUCGUGCGCAUCUACGUGAACCGCAAGAGAUACCUCAAGGUGAGAGCAGGUUGGCAGAGCAGAGUGACUCUCUUUCUCUGCGUCCCCCGUCAGGAAUUGUCCGCACGAGAGGUGAUGAGAGUUUCGACCUUGGAAGUCCCUGCUGAACUGGUUGGCCUUCUCAACACCGUGGCGGUCCACAGACAAGUGAACGAAGACUGCAUAGUUCCCGUGGCCCCUCCCAAGAUGCAAGCCGAUUCACAACUGAGCCUGCCCCUCGUCAUCAACAAUUACCCCAUGUCCAAGUAUGUGCGGACCCAUUUCAAGGAACCAGUUUUCGGGAUGCUCACCAAGACUCUGGCAACUCCUUUGACCCACCUGGACGACUGGCUAGUUGUAGAAGCAGUGAAUCUGUUCAAGUUGGUUCUCCGCUUCAUGGGUGACCCCAACCUCAACGGCACACAGGAGAGCCUCUUCGGGAACUACAUUGUACAGAAAGGGCUGUCGACGGCCGGCUUGCGGGACGAGAUCCUAGCCCAGAUCGUCAACCAAGUCUGGCGGAAUAUCAACAUCAACAACGAGGAACGGGGCUGGCUCCUGCUGGCCGUCUGCCUCAGCGCCUUUGUGCCCUCCCUCAACCUGGAGAAACACUUGCUGAAGUUCGUUUCUGACUAUGCCUUCGAUGGCUACAAGCCCGUCUGCCAACACAAGCUCAUGCAAGCCAUGGAAAAGACCAAGCAGGGCAUCGAAGCCGCUCGCUCGUAUCCCCCGACCUUGUUGGAGUGGAUGACCUGCCGUAAUAAAGUCAACAUGGCGCUGGACGUUUACUGUUUCAAUGGAGAUCACUUUCUGUGCCCCAUCAACUCCUGGACCACGGGAGAAGCUCUAGCUGCAAGCGUGCUGCAACACAGGGGGCUGGUGGACGGCUGGCGAGGCUGGUCCGUCACCAUGAAGGAUGGAACCCAGUGGGCUGAGCUAGCCGGCCAUGACUACGUCUUGGACCUGAUCUCCGACCUAGAGCUGAUCCGGGGCUUCCCGAAGCAGAAGUCCUAUUUCAUCAUUGCUUCAGAAGAUCCAGAGAAGACUGUCAGUGGCAAAGUACAUGGCUUGGACUCAGAAGAAGGUGUCCCUCCACCACCCCCCACCAAAGCCCCAACUGUGGCCCCCACCAACCUGCCUGAGUCAGAGGGAUACUGCAGUCAUGAUUCGGACACCUUCAGCGAGUCCCGGAGCCAGAAGGGAUUGGAUCGCUACUUGGACAGCCUCUUUGACCCGGUCCUCUCUUACGGGAAUGGGGACUUAGAGAGGUCGGCGGCCAUUUCCUACAGGAUGAAAGGCGGAGGUGGCGUCGGAGGAGGCCCCCACGAUGAGGGGCAGAGUCGUGCCGCCGGCAGGCCUCCUGAGGUGACCCAGGGGUUUGGGAAGAACGACGGCAAGAUCUCGACUAAGAAAACGUACUUCAGCCAAGAAGACUUGCUUUUGGCCCGCCACAUGUCGCAGCAAGUGGCCGCUCUACGGCAGCAGCAGCAGCAGCAGCAAGAAUCCGUGGGCUUACCUGGGCCCCCGCAGGGUUCCAGUUUCAGAUCUUCUUCCCAUCAAAGUCCCACCAGAACCCCAAAAACGAGUGCCUCUGGCCCCAAGCUGUUCACAGGGCUGGCCGUCCAGAGGGAAGCUGAAAGAAAGACGGUCGAAGGAAACUCGGCACCUCCGAGACACCCGCGGGACAGGCCCGCCUUUCAGAAAACGGCACCAGGCACCGAUCCGGCUUCCAGGAUGCGCGCUGGCGAGCUGGUGAGGCACUCCAAGCUGAACUCGGAGCACAUCCCGGAGCCGACGCAGAACAUACGCAAUAUUAUCAAGCAGUACCAGCAGCCUCCCCGGGUCACGGAGCCCAUCAGGAGGGAAGGUGGGAAGGUCUUUGUGAAGAAAAUGGACCCCCAUGAAGAAGCUCUGAAGAUCUUGAAGAAACAGAUGUCAGGAACGUCAGAGGCUCCACAGCCAGUUCCGGCCACUCGGGAACUGCCGGCCAAGGAGACGAUUGUCCCGGUGAAGCCCAUAAUCAGUGCCAACAUUAAGAUGCCUGUGCCACCAGCCAUUCGCCCGCCGCCUGCCACCCCCAGAUCAUUUCCAAGGGCAUUCCCAGCGCCCGUCUCACGACAAUUAGGAUCCGAGGAUGAGCAAAUCCAAACACAGCUUCACUACCGAUGCAGUGACGAAUUCUAUGCGUACCGCAACGUUACCUGGAAAAUCUACCUCCGGAAAGAGGUUUUCUACCCCAAGGACACGAUCAACAACCCUCUCCUGCUAGACCUCAUUUUCCGGCAGAUCUUUAACGAUACUAUGUCGGAGGCCUGUAUCCGCAUUACCCAAGCGGAGAGGCUUCACAUGAAGACUCUUUUUGCGGAAAACAAGCUUGAUUCCUUCAGCCCGGUGGCUGACGAAAGCGUGAAGAAGGAGAUAGUCAACGCUGCACGGGAUGGGUGGGAGAUCUAUUUUUCCCGCCUUUUCCCAGCUACGGGCAGCGUCGGCACCGGAGUGCAGAUCUUGGCCGUGUCCCACACAGGAAUUAAACUUCUGAGACUUGUCAAGGGCACACACUUGGUCGGGGAACAGCUGCGGGUGCUGCGGGGCUACGGCUACAGCGAUAUCCUCUUCGUGACCAUCCCCUCCAAGAACAUGUUGGAAUUCAACCUGACCCACGAGAAGCUCCUCCUCUUUUCCCCCAAAGCCCCCCAGGUGAAGGCCAUGGUGGACUUCUUCAUCACCGAGCUCAAGAAGGAUUCGCAGUACGUGGUGGCUAUCAAGAACUAUGUCACCAAUGACAAGAGUCUUUUGAGUUUCCAUAAAGGAGACAUCAUCUGCCUACGUCCCAUGGAAGGCGUGGGGAAAGGUGAGUCCUUGGACCGCUAUUAUGGCUGCGUGGUGCGCAAGAAAGUGAUGCUGCUCGAGGACGUAAAGAAGGGAACCCUGGAUUUUGGUUGGAAGUUUGGAGCCAUCUACGGGAAGUCCGGCUUCUUCCCCGCUGACUGUGUCCAGCCAGCAGCGGUGCCAGACUUCAUCCACCUGCCGAUGGACAAGAAAGAAGAGCCACAGGAUAAACAAGGGAAAGUGGCUGUCCCCACCUCGGUUGCCGUGGCCGUUGCAUCAGCAGCCGUGGCUCAGGAGCUGGAUAAGAAGACGGAGGCGAGUACAAUUGGCUGCGAAUACGCUGAGGAGUUUGAGGGAGCCAAGGGUGUAAGCCCACACGGCGGCCCCUACACCAUGCUGGAGUUUGCCAAGAAGUAUUUCCGAGAAGGCCAGCGGGCAAAGAUGGACCCCAACAAGCUAAAAUCCAAGAAAGGCGUUGAAUCAAAGGGCGUGGAAGAUAUUCUGAAGUUCACCAAGUCCCCCAUCCAGGAGUCGCUCAUUGAGUUCACGGACAGCGGCCUGAAUAAAAUUGCAGCCGAGACCUUCCAAGUUGUGAUGAAGUUCAUGGGGGACCUUCCUCUCAAGAGCCAAACAGAGCUAGAAGCGGUCUGCUCUCUUCUGAAGCUUUGCGGAGAAUAUGAGGUGAUCAGAGAUGAGGUUUAUUGCCAGGUCAUGAAGCAGAUCACGGACAACUCCAGCUCCAAGCCGGACAGCUGCCAGAAAGGGUGGAGGCUGCUCUACAUCCUGAGUGCUUAUUACAGGUGUUCGGAGGUCUUCAAACCAUACCUGCUGUCAUUCUUCCAGGAGGUCUGCAGCGAUCCCGCUUUACAUUUCCAAGGCAUUGCCAAGGCAUGCGAACAAAACCUGUGGAAAACUUUCCAGUUUGGAGGACGCUGCGGAUUCCCUGGAAACAUGGAGCUCAAAGCCAUGGUGGCCGGAAGGAGUUCGAAACGCCAGAUGGUCCUCUUGCCAGGGGGAAUUGAGAAACACCUAAAGAUCAAAACAUGUUCAGUUGCCCUGGAUGUGAUAGAAGAGAUCUGCUAUGAAAUGGGACUCAAUCGGCCCGAAGCCAUCAACGAAUAUAUCAUUUUUGCAGUUACCUGCCAAAAUCAGAACGUCCGGCCUUUGAACAAAAAGGAAUACAUCCUCGACGUCGUCAUGGAAAUGGAACAAGUAGACAGCAACUACAUGUUCUGGUACCGGCGGGUCAUCUGGAGCCAGCCGCUGAAAUUCGACAACGAGUUGUAUGUAACUAUGCACUACAACCAGGUGCUCCCGGACUACCUCAAGGGGCUCUUCAACACCCUCCCUUCCGUGAAGCCGACGGAACAACAAUUCCAGCAGGUUGCCAAGCUGGCUGCUCUCCAGCACCGGGCCAAAGACAGCGUCUACCUGCCGACCCUACGAGAGGUGCAGGAUUACAUCCCGUCCCAGCUCUACCACCUCCAGACGGCCCAGUCGUGGCUGGACAUGGCCUCACAACACACACAGCAAACGCUGCCGCUGAGCACCCACCAAGCUCGGGCGCAGUUCCUAGGGCUGCUGAGCGCCUUCCCCAUGUUUGGUUCAUCUUUCUUCUACAUCCAGAGCUGCAGCAACAAUUCUGUCAUCUCUCCCUGCAUCUUGGCCGUGAACCAGAAUGGACUCAACUUCCUGAACAAAGAGACCCAUGAACUGAUCACGAUCUACCCGUUGAAGGAGAUCCAAUCGACUCGCACCCAACGACCCUCGGCCGGAUCCAGCUACCCCUACGUAGAGAUUAUGUUGGGAGACUUGGUGUCACAAAAAGUCACCCAGCUGCAACUAGAGCAGGGCUUGGAGCUUUGCCGAGUGAUCGCGACGCACAUGGAGAAUUUGCUGCAUGCGCGGGAAAAGAGGCUCACACUCCCGCCGAGCGAGAUCACACUGUUGUGACGGCAGCCAGAACACUCUCUUACGGUUCCCUCUGGAAAGCAGAUGAAUCCGGACGAACCGGCAGUGGUUUACCCCAAGAGCUGCAUCUGCUCUACCCACAAUGUGUAGAGUCUCUGAUAACAAUGGA